GUUCACAUCGCUGCAGAAACUCUGCAUCGUGUCAUUGAACGCACCCCCGCAGUGCGUGUUGUCGAAAGGCAUUGUGGGAGCUGCUGCCGGUGAAAGCUUCUCGAAGAAACCGCAAAGAUGAUGCCCACGCCGGUUAUCCUGUUGAAGGAGGGGACAGACACGUCUCAGGGCAUUCCCCAGCUCGUCAGCAACAUCAAUGCCUGCCAGGUGAUUGCUGAGGCUGUCAGGACCACCCUGGGGCCCAGGGGGAUGGAUAAGCUGAUGGUGGACAGCAGAGGUAAGGCCACAAUCUCCAACGAUGGAGCCACCAUCCUGAAACUGCUCGAUGUGGUUCACCCUGCAGCCAAGACCCUGGUGGACAUCGCUCGGUCCCAGGAUGCUGAGGUCGGAGACGGCACCACCUCUGUCACUCUCCUGGCCGCCGAGUUCCUGAAGCAGCUUAAGUCGUACGUGGAGGAGGGUCUUCACCCUCAGACCAUCAUCAGAGCGUUCCGCACCGCCACCAACCUCGCUGUCAACAAGAUCAAGGAGGUCGCCGUCUCCGUGAAGAAAGACGACAAGCAGGAACAGAGGCAGCUGUUGGAGAAGUGUGCAGCCACAGCCCUGAACUCAAAGCUGAUCGCCGGUCAGAAGGAGUUCUUCUCCAAAAUGGUGGUGGACGCCGUCAUGUCUCUGGACGAGCUGCUGUCUCUCAAGAUGAUCGGCAUCAAGAAGGUCCAGGGAGGAGCUCUUGAGGAGUCCCAGUUGAUCUCUGGGGUCGCAUUCAAGAAGACCUUCUCCUACGCCGGCUUUGAAAUGCAGCCUAAACGCUACGAGAAUCCAAAGAUUGCUUUGCUUAAUGUGGAGCUGGAGCUCAAGGCCGAGAAGGAUAACGCAGAGGUCCGCGUGAAAUCUGUGGAGGACUACCAGGCCAUUGUGGACGCAGAGUGGAACAUCCUGUACGACAAACUGGAGAAGAUCUAUCAGUCGGGAGCCAAAGUGGUUUUGUCCAAGUUGCCCAUCGGUGAUGUGGCCACUCAGUACUUUGCUGACAGAGACCUGUUCUGCGCUGGCAGGGUGCAGGAGGAAGAUCUGAGGAGGACUAUGAUGGCCUGCGGCGGCUCCAUCCAGACUUCUGUAGGUGCCAUGACAGACGACGUCCUGGGACAGUGUGACCUUUUCGAAGAGGUCCAGGUUGGAGGAGAGAGGUAUAACUUCUUCAAAGGCUGUCCGAAGGCCAAGACGUGCACCAUCAUCCUGAGGGGUGGAGCAGAACAGUUCACAGAGGAGACGGAGCGGUCACUGCACGAUGCUAUCAUGAUCGUACGCAGAGCCAUCAAGAACGACUCUAUCGUAGCGGGUGGAGGAGCCAUUGAGAUGGAGCUGUCCAAAUACCUGCGGGAUUACUCCAGGACCAUCCCCGGAAAACAGCAGCUGCUGAUCGGAGCAUACGCCAAGGCCCUGGAGAUCAUCCCCAGACAGCUGUGUGACAACGCCGGCUUUGACGCCACCAACAUCCUGAACAAACUGCGCGCCAAACACGCACAGGGUGGUAUGUGGUACGGUGUGGACAUCAACAACGAGGACAUCGCAGACAACUUCGUCGCAUGCGUGUGGGAGCCGUCCAUCGUACGGAUCAACGCUCUGACGGCGGCGUCUGAGGCUGCCUGUCUCAUCCUGUCAGUCGACGAGACGAUCAAGAACCCACGCAGCUCUGCGGACGGACCUCCAGGUGGCGCCGGAAGGGGCAGAGGCCGCGGGAGACCCCACGCUCACUAAGAGGAAGCAAGGCCAAAACCCCAUUUUAAACAGGCAUUAAAAUCCAAAUGCAGAUAGAAGAUUGAGUCUUCAGUGUCAGCCGGGUGACAUUUAAACAUGGAAGCAGGCAAAGAUUGUGUUGGAUGUUGCUUAGCGUGUUAAGACCUGCAUUUGGAUUUGAGUUCUAGAUAAAAUGAGGCGUUGUAACCAGUCACACACACACGUUGAAAAGACAGGUGUAGUCAAACAAAGGGGGGAAAGGAGGAGAUCAUUUUGAGGUUUAGACUCUGUCAAAGAUGGCUGACGUUUCUUGUGUUUCUUUGUCACCUGUAGGUUUUCUUAAUGAAACUUUGAUUUGGUAACGUCUGUUUAACAUUUCAAGUACCGCAUCUUCUACGUGUAGCCAUUUAACCGAGACAAUAUUAAAUACAAGCAAAAUGCAAACAGUUCCCCCUUUUGCUUUCAAAUCAAACACACUCCUGUCUCCUCAAAGUUAACCGUUCCUCUCCGACCUCAAAGCUCCUCCGCAAUUUCGAAUCUGGUUUUGUGUUAUGUGGCAAACUGAUGUGUAACACGCAAAGUUAAAGCACUGAUAUCGAGCAGUUCUGAACCAUUCACUGGUUACGCUGUGUAAAACUAUUUAUUGGACCAUUCUUAUCAAUAAAUUCACAGCUGGAAUCGUA